ACCAUAUAUGUAGUAAUAUUGACCCAUUCAAUCCAAUCAAAAACAAAAACCCAAAUGGAAGAAACGACAUGGGAACAAAGACACCAUGCCCUAACUCACAUCCUAACUCACCAUACAACCACCCCAUCUCUCCAUGCCCAAUUCUUCAUCGCCACACAAAUCCCAUGUUACCUCGAUUGGGAAUACCCUCCAAUCCUGUGCCCUAAACACCAUGAAUUCCGAUGGGCUUUAAGUCUUUUCAUGAAAAGGGUAUCGGUGAAGAAAGCAUCUUGGAGGUCAAAGUGCCCUUAUCAAUUACCCCAACCCUUGGUGCUUGCGAAAGGCGUAGAAGAACCAAAAUGGGGUGAAGAAGAUAAGAUAGAGUAUGUGAAGAAGAGACUUAGAAGGAAAAGGUUAGGGAAUUAUAUCAACCCUUGGAUUCCAAUCUUGUUGCCUAAUCUUGUCGUCAUGUCUUUUUUGUUUUGGGACCCUUAUCAGACUCCAUAAACCUAAUAAUUUCAUGCUGCUGUGGUGUUAAUCCUCGUAAAAUUAGUGAAAAAUAUAGAUUUAAUUGGUGAAAUUUAAAGACUUUGGAUAAUGAGAAGCAUUCAUGGAGUAUCAUUAGCGACGAAGCCACAAGAAAGCCAAGACCCACCCUCAAAUUCUCAAAUAAAUAAAUCCAAUCAACACCAAACCAGAAGGUAGAAGCGUGCACAUGUUCAUCGUCUUCUAAAUCUCUUAAUCCAAGUUGCAGCGGCCAUUGGGAGUGGGAGAUCGGAGCAAUUGAGCAACAGGUUAUUGUACGUUGAUCUUUUAUAUUAUGAACAAAGUUAGGGUAUAUAUAUUUGACAGAAAAUUACGUGGCUUUAACCUAUAAAUCUACAUUGCCACCAUGGAUGGAUCAUGGAUGGGAUAGAUAUAUUUAUAUUUCCUUGUUGGUUGGUAGAUUCAAGUAAAUCGAAAUAUUUUCAUUCAA